CUCGCAAGUUGGGAGGCAUUACACUUAAUUGCUUCUUUUCUUAGCUUAACGACUUCGCUGUACAAUGGGAAAGGCAAAUAUACUUGCCAAAAACUCUUCCAUGCUUUCAAAAAUGCUACUUUUUGGAAUACUAGUAAUGGCUCAUAUAGCAGCAACUACAGGUUCCAAGAUUGGUGUUUGUUAUGGAACCUUGGGAAACGACUUACCGCCAGCACAGGAAGUAAUAUCUAUGUUCGACCAGUAUAGAAUUCAGAAAAUCCGUCUCUAUGAUCCUAACCAAGGAGCUCUCCAAGCCCUUAGAGGCUCCAACAUCGAGGUCAUGCUUGGUGUUGAAAAUGAACGCCUUCAAGACAUUUCUUCUAGCCAAGACAAGGCUAAUUCCUGGGUCCAAAGUAAUGUCCUAAACUAUGGCAAUGUCAAUUUCAAAUACAUUGUUGUAGGAAACGAAAUAGAUCCUACAGGUCCACAAGCAUCGUUUGUUGCCCCUGCAAUGGAAAACAUUCAAAAAGCAAUUACUUCGGAGAAUCUUGCCAGUAAAAUUAAAGUCUCCACUGCCAUUUCCACUGCCGUCCUCAAAGAACCCUCUUACCCUCCAUCAAACGGAGCAUUCCGUAUCGACCAUUUACCAUUUCUUAAUCCCAUCAUCGCCUUCUUAGCACGCAACCAAUCUCCACUGCUUGUUAAUCUAUACCCUUAUUUUACUUACGAUCAAAACCGUCAGAUUAAUAUCGAGUAUGCUCUUUUUACAUCUCCAUCACCAGUAGUGCAUGAUGGCCAGCUUGCGUAUCAAAACCUGUUUGAUGCUAUUCUCGAUACAGUUUACUCGGCACUAGAGAGAGCUGGCAGCGGUUCCUUGGGAAUCGUUGUAUCGGAGUCUGGUUGGCCCUCUUCCGGUGGGGACGGAGAAGUGACUACAAUUGAGAAUGCAAGAAUUUACAACUCCAAUUUGAUCAAUCAUGUGAAGGCUAAUGGGACUCCAAAGAAACCUGGAAGCACUAUAGAGGCUUAUGUGUUUGCCAUGUUUAAUGAGAAUCAAAAGAAAGGUCCAGAGAUUGAGAGACAUUGGGGGCUCUUCUACCCAACCAAACAGCCUAAAUAUCACAUUGACUUCAAUUAAGCCAAAAUUCUAGUGCUUUCUGGAAUCAUGGGUUCUUUUCUUAUGUAAUUCAGUAACUAUAAUAAAAGGCCAACUAGUAGCAAUGAUAGAUCUUUUAUCAUUUAUGGCCUUGCCACUGUAUAAUUAAAUCCAGAUUAAUGCGGAAUUGUGGAUGACAUGUUCUAGCU